UGAAGCAGCAGUCUCGUUUUAGGUGGAUGUGUGCGCACAAACAGGAUAUUCUCAGCUAGUACCUUGGCAACUUCAGUUUUGAGACACAAAGAGUCUCCGUGUGUGUGAGUGUGUGUCUGCUUGUGUCGCAUUUUGCAGUGUCUUCCUACCUCCAGCAUUGAUAGGAAUCAACUGUUGCACUCAUUCCUUUUCAAACUCGCACGACGCUGUUCAAGUAACAAACUUUCUACGCGGAAAAGGUGAGUUGAAAAGAAGGGCAUAAAUCGGCUAGUUGGUCAGUCGUCUUCUGAAAGUUUUCACCAUCAGGUUGUUUGUUCCAUCAGCGUGGCGGCAGCAGCCAGGCGUUGUGUGUGGGAUUUCGUAACUCUUGCCGGAUCGUUUGGAAAGCAUCCAUCUUGACUUAUCACAGGGAAAACUUUUAGCAAGACAAAACAAAAAUGCCGCUCGAUUGCGGAGCAACGGUGGUGAAAUACGUCCUUUGUUUGUUCAACUUUGCCCUUUUCUGGGCCGGAGCAGCCGUUUUAGGUGUUGGAAUCUGGUUAGCCGCUGACCAAAAUUCCUUUCUCACUCUGAUCAAAUUUACUCAAGCUGAAAAUGUGCAGAAUUUGGUGCAGCCAGCAGUUAUCACUCAAAGUGCCUACUUGUUGAUUGCAGCUGGAGCUUUCAUUUUCAUCGUCAGCUUCUUGGGUUAUUGCGGCGCUGUUAAAGAAUCUCGCGUCCUUCUUGGAUUGUACGGCGCAUUCGUUUUGGUGAUUGUGGCCCUGGAGAUCACCGCAGGAAGUCUGGCAGCAACGUACCAACAGGAGGCUGAAAAGGAAAUUAAAUCGUACAUGAUGACUGCACUGAAGGAAUAUUACAGCACUCAACAGGAAGCCGAUGCUCUGACGACUUCGUGGAACUUGAUGCAAGGACAACUAUCAUGUUGCGGCGUCAACAACUUUACUGACUUUGUCGGUACACCGUGGAUGAAAAACCAAACUGCUGGCCACUUGUUGCCCGUUUCGUGCUGUAAACUCCGUGGCAAGUUGAUCGAUUUUCAGCCAGAAGACCCGCUAUGUAUGAAGAGCCCCACCGAUGGCAACUCGUACCGUAUGAAGGGCUGUUAUUCGAGGAUAAUGGAGUAUUUCCAUUCUCACAUGGAAAUUGUUAUCGGUGUUGGCGUUGGGCUGGGUGUAACGCAAAUAUUGGGCAUCGUUUUCGCCUUUUGCUUAUGUCAAGCUAUUGAUAAUGAUUUCAUCAAGUAAAAAACAUAAAAGUACCUAAACGUUAAAUCUCCCUUCCUUCAUGACGCAGUUGUUAUCGUAAAAAUCUAAGAAUUUUCCUCGUGUUUUUAAAAACGUAAUCAGAUUGGAAAAAUUGUAAUUCAGCCUAGAAGUAUUUGAGAUGAUCGGGACCAACCUAAGAUCUGAUAUCACUAUAUAAAGAUGCCUUCUAUUGUUCAUCUAAGCUUUCACUUUAUUUUUCUCCCCCUCCCUUGUUGUUUUUUUUUGCGAGACCAUGAUAAAUCGACGAACAAGUGCCUAUUCCACCAUAAAAGCCGCACAUAUUGUAUAAUAAUAAUGCCUUAUCAUGAUCACGUUAAUAAUGUUUGUUUUUUUUUCCUUUUUUUUUCAAAGAACCAUUUCAACAACAAAAAAAAAUAAAAAUAAAAAUACAAUCGAUGUUAUCGACA